UUUGACUUUUUACAACAGUAAUACAAAAUUGCUAUUUGGAUGUAUAUUGCAUUUUUUUGUAAAUAAAGAGAUAUGUUGGAGCAACCCACUCAGGCUCCGCGACAGAAGAUCCCUAAAGAUGGCCCAGGACCUAGGGGAGUACCAGAUUGUUAUUAUACCUCCCGCGUGUUAAACUCGACAUUCCGCUAUGAGAAAUUCGUCAAGAAACUGCGCGCUGAAGAGGAAGAGCAGCGGAAAGGUGCUGAAACGAAACUGAAAGACCUGAAGGAUAAGCAAUAUAGCGACUUCUUCAUACGCUGUGAUCGAAGAUCCCUUAUCAACGACGUGGCGAGACGUGUCGACCUCUGCAUGGCGUCAUAUCAAGAGGAUCUCAAACAGAAACGUAAUAGAUUAUUAGAUCUGCUCUCCGCAGAAGAAGAGGCAAACAUCCGCAAGUUUGUGGAACAAGCACAGGCGGGUGCGGAGGCAGUAUGGCAAGACAAGCAAAACCGUCUCAAAUACUUGCUCGAGAAACGGCAGAAAGAACACGAAGAGAAAUAUAAGGACACUCCUCUGUCUAAAUGUGUUCACGUACUGCCAGGCAUCUUGAAGCUGCGCGCCAAAGAGGCUGCGGAAAUACAGCUGUACCAGAUGAGAGAGAAGGAAGCAAUGAAGAUGGCCGAGAAAGAAUUCGAGAAGAUGUGGCAUGAAGUCGCCAUGAAGGAAUCAGAUGCUUUGGCGGCUCGUAUGGAACAAGAUGCCAUUGAGCGAUCACGGCGAGAUAGGGAAUGCAAAGAGUAUGCCGACUACCAACUUGAGCAGAGACGACAGCAGAGGGAGAAAGAAAAAGAGAUUUUAAAGCAGGAGACUCUGAGGAUGAAGACAAUGUGGGCGGCAGAUUUGAAGAAGGAAGAAGAAGCUGAACGGGAUCGUACUGAGAAACGCAAGGAAACGGCAUCUGAACGUAAACAGAUGAUACUCGAGAGGCAGGAGACGAUCGCCAAGCAAAGGGCUGAAGACAAACUCAUUGCGGACACGUGGGACUCCCUUGCUGGUCAGGGCCGCGCUGAUGAACUGGCGAAAAUAGAGUUGCACAGGAAAAAAGAGCGUGAAUUAGAUGAAUGUAAUCGCAAAAUGGCAGAACUUAAAAACGAGAUGAAGAGAUUGGAGACAGCAGAUGAUCACAUUUUCGAGCAAGAGGCACGCAACAUGCAAGAGCAGGUGGACAAGAACCGAUGCCAAUAUCUUGCAUGGGCACAGAAGACUAAUACGGACGUCCGCAAAGCAAUGAUUGAGCAAAUAAAAGAACGCCAAGAAGCCCGCGAAACUCUUAAAAAGAAGAUGGAGGAACAAGACGAGUAUCAUAGACAACUUUUCAGUCAGCUCCAGCAGCUAGUUGACCAUAAACAAAUGGUCGACGCACAGGCUAGGCUAACACACCAAAAGGAAUUGUUGGAGCAAAUCGAAUAUAAUAAGAUUUUAAAGGAAAGAGCAAAACAAGAGGAAUUGAACCAAAUCAAAAAAUGCCAAUUAGCCACUGAGGAAUAUCAGCAAGAAAUCAACAAGAUGUUAUGCCGGCCGUUCUUCAGCGACGAAUUGCAUCCAUUCAUGAAACAAAUGGCCAAAGGUCUCAAGAUGAAAGAGAAAUGUCCUUGCUCCAAACUGGAUUACUGCAGAACUGAUUAGUAUUUCAUUUUCGUUCAUGUAUAGAUGUUUAAUGUUAUGAAUCAAUGAAUUGUUGAAUAUAACAAACGA